AUGCCAUCUCAGCCAUCUUUCGACCCUGCAAGGUUCAUCCGCUCACAGCAGAUUACACAACCGAAUCAGGCAAGGCCAGUAACAGACGUUCGACGAAAGGAUGUUAUCCGUGUCAAUGAACUUGCUUAUGUAGCCAUUGAGAGGACUCUCGUAUCGAGUGAGGAGCCGGACUUUCCAUACGUCAGGUUUCGAGGUCGCAGCGUCUUCGAUGAUAUCGAGUGA